AUGACGCACGAACAUUCGCUCGCAGUCGUUGCUGCUCUUGUCAAGUCUCUCGCCAACGAUCCCGUCUCACCGCCCGCCUUCAAUGUCCGCGCAGGCGGUCCCCUCCGCAUUCCCGGGCCGGACACACCCGCCAAGGUAGAGCUAGAACGCGAGCUAGCUGCCCUCGUCCUCCGCGUACAUCAACUCGAGACAAAGGCAGGCUCGGCGCCCGUCACCAUAUUCCCAGACACCCCGAACGAAGGCGCCGACUCGCUAUUUGCCGAUGACCGAAGUUCUACGCCCGCGGUCCCGGCCAACAAGGCGGUCAAGCCCAAGUACGGCGAUUCCCUGCCGCGAAAUGGGUUUAUCGACGAGGCUCUUGAGGGGCUCCGUGAGCAUGUCGACGACCAGUCCAAACUCCUCGACAGCCAGCGCCAAGAGCUGGCUGGCGUGAACGCCCAGCUCCUCGAGCAGAAACAUCUGCAAGAGAAGGCUCUUGCAAUUAUCGAACAGGAGCGCGUUGCCACUCUGGAGCGGGAGCUGUGGAAGCACCAAAAGGCCAACGAGGCUUUCCAGAAGGCACUUCGUGAGAUAGGUGAAAUCGUAACUGCCGUUGCCCGCGGAGACCUGUCCAAGAAGGUCCGCAUGAAUUCCGUGGAGAUGGACCCCGAAAUUACGACAUUCAAGCGCACCAUCAACACCAUGAUGGACCAGCUACAGGUCUUCUCCAGCGAAGUGUCUCGCGUCGCCCGCGAAGUCGGCACCGAGGGCAUCCUCGGCGGCCAAGCUCAGAUCCAAGGCGUUGAUGGCACUUGGAAGGAACUCACAGACAACGUAAAUGUCAUGGCGCAAAACCUCACGGAUCAAGUGCGCGAGAUCGCAUCGGUAACUACAGCUGUCGCCCAUGGCGACUUGACCAAGAAAAUCGAACGCCCUGCCAAGGGUGAAAUUCUGCAGCUGCAGCAGACCAUCAACACCAUGGUGGAUCAGUUGCGGACGUUUGCCUCUGAAGUCACACGCGUUGCUAGAGAUGUCGGAACCGAAGGUAUCCUGGGCGGCCAGGCCGACGUCGAAGGCGUGCAGGGCAUGUGGAACGAGCUGACAGUCAACGUGAACGCCAUGGCCAACAACCUAACUACCCAAGUCCGAGACAUUAUCAAAGUUACUACCGCUGUCGCAAAGGGAGAUCUUACGCAAAAAGUACAAGCCGAGUGCCGAGGUGAAAUAUUUGAACUGAAGAAGACAAUCAACUCCAUGGUGGACCAGCUGCAGCAAUUCGCACGCGAAGUCACCAAGAUCGCCAGGGAAGUCGGAACCGAGGGGAGACUGGGAGGCCAGGCUACCGUUCACGAUGUGCAAGGGACAUGGCGAGAUUUGACGGAAAAUGUCAACGGCAUGGCCAUGAACCUGACAACACAAGUGCGCGAGAUUGCAAAGGUUACUACUGCUGUCGCGCGAGGUGAUCUGACCAAAAAGAUCGGCGUCGAAGUCCAAGGAGAGAUUCUGGAUCUGAAGAACACCAUCAACACCAUGGUGGACCGCCUGGGAACGUUCGCCUUCGAAGUGAGCAAGGUAGCUCGGGAGGUCGGAACAGACGGAACUCUUGGCGGUCAGGCCCAGGUCGACAACGUUGAGGGCAAAUGGAAGGACCUCACAGAGAAUGUCAACACUAUGGCCAGCAAUCUUACCUCACAGGUGCGAGGUAUUUCAACUGUCACACAAGCCAUUGCCAACGGCGACAUGAGCCGGAAAAUCGACGUCGAGGCCAAGGGCGAGAUUCUUAUACUAAAGGAGACGAUCAACAACAUGGUUGACCGGCUGUCCAUAUUCUGUAACGAGGUCCAGAGAGUGGCCAAAGAUGUGGGUGUUGAUGGCAUCAUGGGAGGACAAGCCGAUGUCGCUGGUCUAAAGGGAAGAUGGAAAGAAAUCACAACUGAUGUUAACACGAUGGCAAACAACCUGACUGCCCAAGUCCGUGCAUUUGGCGACAUCACAAACGCUGCAACGGAUGGGGAUUUUACAAAGCUCGUUGAGGUUGAGGCCUCGGGCGAGAUGGACGAGCUCAAAAAGAAGAUCAAUCAGAUGGUAUACAACCUGAGGGACAGUAUCCAAAGAAACACACAGGCCAGAGAGGCAGCCGAAUUGGCCAGCAAGACCAAAUCCGAGUUCCUUGCAAACAUGUCGCACGAGAUUCGGACGCCUAUGAACGGAAUCAUCGGCAUGACACAGCUGACCCUGGAUACGGACCUGACACAGUACCAGCGGGAAAUGCUCAAUAUUGUCAACUCACUGGCAAACAGCUUAUUGACCAUUAUUGACGACAUCUUGGACUUGUCCAAGAUUGAGGCCAGGCGGAUGGUCAUCGAGGAAAUCCCGUAUACCCUCCGCGGAACCGUCUUCAAUGCCUUGAAAACACUUGCAGUCAAGGCCAACGAAAAGUUCCUUGACUUGACGUAUCGCGUGGACAGCUCAGUGCCCGACCAUGUAGUUGGCGACUCGUUCAGGCUCCGCCAGAUUAUUCUCAACCUGGUUGGCAACGCUAUAAAGUUCACCGAACAUGGCGAGGUCAGCCUGACUAUCCAGAAGGCGUCCCAGGUGCAGUGCGUUCCGGGCGAGUAUGCCAUUGAGUUUGUUGUCUCGGACACGGGCAUCGGCAUCCCGGCAGACAAGCUCGACCUCAUCUUCGACACGUUCCAGCAGGCCGAUGGUUCCAUGACGCGCAAGUUUGGCGGCACCGGUCUUGGUCUAUCUAUCUCCAAGAGGCUUGUCAACCUGAUGGGAGGUGACGUGUGGGUCAAGAGCGAAUACGGAAAGGGCAGCAAGUUUUAUUUCACUUGCGUUGUCCGUUUGGCUGAUGGCGACAUCUCGUUGAUUGCGAAGCAACUCAACCCUUACAAGGGUCAUCACGUGCUCUUCAUCGACAAGGGCAGGACAGGCCAUGGACCCGAAAUUGCCAAGAUGCUGGAGGGCUUGACACUGAUCCCCGUUGUCGUCGACUCCGAAAAGAGCCCUGCUCUUGAGAAGGCGCGGAUCCAGAGCUCCUCGCCGUAUGACGUGAUCAUUGUCGAUUCUAUCGAGGACGCCAGGAGGCUACGGUCGGUCGACGACUUCAAGUAUCUGCCCAUCGUUCUCUUGGCGCCCGUGGUCCACGUGUCCCUCAAGUCUUGUUUGGACUUGGGCAUUACCUCGUACAUGACGACCCCUUGCCAGCUCAUCGAUCUCGGCAACGGGAUGGUGCCGGCUCUCGAAAACAGAGCCACGCCGUCGCUAGCAGAUAACACCCGCUCUUUUGAGAUCCUACUGGCCGAAGACAACACUGUCAAUCAGAGGCUAGCCGUCAAGAUUCUCGAGAAGUACCACCAUGUCGUGACGGUCGUCGGCAAUGGCAAGGAAGCCGUUGAGGCUAUCAAACGUAGGAAGUUUGACGUCAUUCUGAUGGAUGUACAGAUGCCAAUCAUGGGAGGUUUCGAGGCGACGGCCAAGAUUCGCGAAUACGAACGCAGCCUGGGAACCCAGCGGACGCCCAUAAUUGCGCUAACGGCGCACGCCAUGAUGGGCGAUAGGGAGAAGUGCAUCCAAGCACAAAUGGACGAGUACCUCUCAAAGCCGCUACAGCAGAACCAUCUCAUUCAGACGAUACUCAAGUGCGCUACGCUUGGCGGACAGCUCCUGGAAAAGAACCGGGAGCGUGAGCUCACGCGGGCUGCCGACGCCGUGACGGGCGGCCGUCGCGACACGGGAUCGUCUUUGGCCUUUCAGAGCCAGGCAGUAGUUGCUGCCGCCGCCAACCUCCGCCCAGUCUUAGCAACACGCGCCAUAACGGCCGCCGAGGCACUCCUAGAGAGCCCAUCCCUCGUCACAGUUGACCACGAGGACCCUAUGAGCAAAAACAGUAGAGCACGCAGCAGCCUGUCGGACCCUAACAUUCACGCCGCGAAAUGA